AUGUCAGGAGAUAGUCGUCCCGCACAGUAUAAACAGUCUUCGCGGAAAGGUAAGAAGGCGUGGAGGAAGAAUAUUGAUCUGACUGAGAUCGAGCAGUCCAUCGAUUCUCGGAUCGAACAUGAAAUAACCCAUGGUGCUGAAAACCUGGCCGAUGUGCCAUCGCAGAACCUGUUUGAGGUUGAUACGACUGGGGACGAACUGCUGAAGGCUAAAUUGAUCAAGCGCAAGCAGAUUAAGAAGAACAUCAAGUCCAAGGAAAUUCUUGACUCCAUCAAGAGUAACUCCAAAGUGCCGGCACUUCUGCAUCCCAAAUCUCAUGUGAACGAGAAGGCCAAGGUCCAAGGUGUCUCCAAGAAGGAGCUUAACCGCCUGAUGACUCUUGCGGGCCGUAACAUGGAGUCGAAACUGAAGGCACAGGUAACCAAGGAGGGCCUCGUUAAGGCGGGAACCAACGACUUGUGGGGGUCUGAGGAGCCAUUGAAAACGCCUUCCGGCGACUUCGACCUGAAGCUCAAGGAUAAGGUUCCAGAGCCGCUAUUGAAGCAGUCCACAACCAGUUGGUCUCGAGCAACGGUUGCGCCGGAGACGCUAAAGCAUGCACCACUUCGUGUGAAGGACACAGAGGAGCUACCCCAUGCCGGUAAAUCCUACAACCCCGACAAGAAGCAGUGGGAGGCAUUGAUUGAGAAGGAAUACAAGAUUGAGAGCGCCAAUGAGGAAAGACGGCAACAAAUGGCUGAAUACAAGAAGAAGAUUCAGCAUUUAAUGGAGACCUUGGAUGACAGGGAGGAAGAAUCUGAUGAAGACGCUCCUCAGAGUGAGGAAGAACUCGCGAGCGUCGAUGAAGAUGGUGAUUUUCGCCUUUCCCUUAACCCAGCUGUAAAAAAUAAGAAGAAGACAAAGUACCAGAGGAACAGGCAGAAAAGACACCAAGAAAAAGUCAAGCUCCAGCAGGAACUCAAGACGCUGAAGGAGCAGCUGCAUCAGCUCGAGAAGCUUGAGGCCAUCGAACAGGCUGUUGCUGCAAAGACAGCACAGGAAGCUAGUACCUUGAUCCCGGCCAAAGUCAAGAAUAAUAAAAAACACAAGCUUGGCACUAAGCACUCUGUCAUGGAGGAUAACUUGGAGGUUAAAUUCUCAGACGAGCUAUCUGGCUCUUUGCGUAGCUUGCGGCCUGAAGGAAACCUGUUAUAUGACAGUUUGCGGAAGCUACAAGGAAGCGGUAAAAUCGAGACUAGAGUGCCAAUUAGAAAGGGUAGGAAGUACAAACAGAAAAUCACAGAAAAGUGGACUUAUAAGGAUUUUAAAUGA